CAAUAAGCCAAUAAUACUAACAACAUUGUAACGCUGGCUGCACAACUAAUGUUGAAUUUUUCUUUAUUCUUAAGACAAUUUUUUUUUUCUCCCAAACUCGGCGUGUUUAUAUAUACGUGCAUUUAAAUCGUUGAAUAGGUUUUGAGAAUGACGACGCAACAACGAGAAGAAAGGAACUCUGUUUUUGUUUUCCUCUUUCUCUGUAUUUUCAUACCCUUUCAAAUUAUCCUGAAGUCCAGCGAAUUAUCCAAUUAAGGUUGUGCGUGGGAUGUUUUCUUGAGAUUUUUUGGCUGAUGCACCAUGAAAUCGUAUAAUUCUGUUCAUGUAAUAUCUGAUUCAAAGAGCAGAUCAUGUAUUUGCAGCCUCUUUGUCACCAUGUCUUUGAUUUGUGGCGCUUACUUCAUAUGCAGUGCAUGGCGUGGAAAUGAAUUUUUUAGUUUAUCAACUGAACUUGGACUCAACACCACAGAACAGUAUAUGGACUCUGUUCAAUGCCAGGUAGCACCAAAAACGGACAUUGAAGUGAACGUUACGGAAGAAAACAAACCCAUCAAGAGAUGCAAUGACAAAUGCAGGCCCUUUGGAAGUGAAGCUUUGCCAAGAGGUAUUGUAUCUGCUACUUCAAACUUGGACAUGGUCAGUUUGGCGGGCCCACUUUCAGACGACGUAUCAUUUUUUAAUCAGAACAAGUCGAAGAAAACAAGUUUGCUGGCCAUAGCAGCUGGGAUCAACCAAAAAUUUCUGAAAGAAAAUUUUGUUGUGAUGCUUUUCCAUUAUGAUGGCAUUGUGAACGAGUGGAACAAUUUUGAAUGGAAUGACAGAGUCAUUCAUGUCACAGCCAAAAGUCAAACAAAAUGGUGGUUCGCCAAGCGUUUUCUGCACCCAGAUAUUGUUUCUGAAUAUGAGUACAUUUUUCUUUGGGACGAGGACUUGGGAGUAGAAAAAUUUCAUCCAGGAAGAUAUGUAUCUAUUAUAAAGGAAGAAGGGCUUGAGAUUUCACAGCCUGGCCUCGACCUUGGUAAGGUGCAUCAUCAAAUUACCGCGCGACACCAAAGAUCAACGGUGCACAGAAGAUACUAUAAGAUUGGUACAUGCGACAGCAACAGUACCAAUCCCCCGUGCGUAGGUUGGGUGGAGAUGAUGGCCCCCGUGUUCUCAAAAGCUGCUUGGCGCUGUGUUUGGUAUAUGAUCCAGAACGAUUUGAUCCAUGCAUGGGGCCUGGAUAUGCAACUCGGUUACUGUGCACAGGGUGACCGAACAAUUAAAGUUGGUGUGGUAGACGAGCAGUAUAUAGUUCAUCACGGUCUUCCUACACUUGGUGACACUAAUGCAAGUUCUGGACCUCCCAAAGUUACCGAUCGAAUCAAAAUUCGAUUACGAUCAUAUAAUGAAAUGAGGGCGUUCAGGAAUAGAUGGAACAGGGCUAUUAAAGAGGACGAAUGUUGGGUCGAUCCCUUUGGAAAAAUUCGUGGAUAAAAAUUAUAUAAACACACGGAUAUAUAUGUUUAGUUUUCUAUUCAAGACAUUGUGAUCAAGUAAGCAACAAAAGGCCGAACAACAACACAUGUACAGAGGCAAACAGAGAUACAAUGGCACUUUUAGUGUAGAUUCUUUGAUUCUGAUACGAAUGAAUAAAUAUUACAAGGAGCACACAAACUCAAAUUUACACAUGUAUCUAUAUUUGGAUCUUUUUUGGUUAUUUUUUAUGUUUAUAUGAUUCUUUUUUCCCUGAUAAAAUGGGAGUGAACAUGUCUUCGAUAUUGUUUUGGAACUAACUGAUAAUGAUGCUGAUUUGAUUGAUAACUUCUUCGGAG